GCCACCCCGAGCCCGGGCGCCUCGACCGCUCGAGCUCCCGCCGCGCCGCCGCCAUGAAGUUCAACAUCGCCAACCCGACCACCGGGUGCCAGAAGAAGCUGGAGAUCGAUGACGACCAGAAGCUUCGUGUCUUCUAUGACAAGAGGAUUUCCCAGGAAGUUCUUGGUGAUCACCUUGGCGAAGAAUUCAAGGGCUAUGUCUUCAAGAUCAUGGGAGGCUGUGACAAGCAGGGUUUCCCCAUGAAGCAGGGUGUCCUUACCUCUGGACGUGUCCGCCUGUUGCUACACAGGGGCACCCCAUGCUUCCGUGGAUUCGGAAGGCGUGAUGGUGAGCGCAGGAGGAAAUCUGUCCGUGGUUGCAUUGUCAGCCAGGACCUCUCUGUCAUCAACUUGGUGAUUGUUAAGAAGGGUGAGAAUGACCUCCCUGGCUUGACCGACACUGAGAAGCCCAGGAUGAGGGGACCCAAGAGGGCAUCCAAGAUCAGGAAGCUUUUCAACCUUGCUAAGGAUGAUGAUGUCCGCAAGUAUGUCAACACCUACCGCAGAACCUUCACCAACAAGAAGGGCAAGAAGGUGAGCAAGGCUCCCAAGAUCCAGAGGCUCGUGACUCCAUUGACCCUUCAGAGGAAGAGGGCGAGAAUUGCCCAGAAGAAGCAGAGGAUUGUCAAGAAGAAGUCCGAGGCUGCUGACUACCAGAAGCUUCUUGCCCAGAGGCUCAAGGAGCAGAGGGACCGCCGGAGCGAGAGCUUGGCCAAGAAGAGGUCCAGGCUUUCCACCGCCAAGGCUGCCCCAGCUACCACCGCUUAAGAUUGCUGCCGUGCCUACCAAGAUAUAGAUGAGAACCGCUUGUCAUUGGGAUGGAUAGACCUGCUACCGUUAGCUUUCUUCUUUAAAAUGCGCCGUUUUCCAUGAACCAAGAUGUCGUCUGAAAUUUUUGAGUACUCGUUGCUGUUAUGUUAUUCCUGAAGCUAUAACUUGAGCCAACUAUUUACUUGGUUUGCAUAUGCUGUUUGUGUUUUCUGCC